AUGUCGAAGGUGCUGUCCGCGCUCGGUGGCGCGUUACCAGACGAAAGGCCAGUGCUGUCCUUGCAGAUAGUCGAAAGUGUGGCCAAAUGUCCGGCGGGGUAUUGGCCCGUUAGCAGGACCUACGAUGAGGACGCCGACGCUGGCCUGCUACGCCAAAAUGGACUCUUCGGGAAGAAACCUAGCCACUAUAUUUGCUUGUCGAAGUCUGAAGGCGUGCCUGGCUACGUGAUGGACGGCGUGGCGGUGGUGGGCGAGCGCGAGGCGGCGCCGGCGGGCUACAGCGUGGCGGGGCGCGCGGGCAAGCGGCGCCUGUGCACGCGCGUGUCGCGCCCCGCCGCCGCCGCGCCCCGCGCCCCCGUCACCCCCGUCACCGACGUCAUCGUCUGCUCCAAGAUGCGACAGGCGCCGCGCGGCUUUCUGCUCGCUGGUGAGAUCAACGGCAAAAUGGUGUGCUACAAGUUAAGCGGCGGCAGCACGGACACGUCGCCGACGGGAGCGCCCAACGAGUAUGAAAAUGUCGUUACCAAUAUCACGCCCGAGGCUAACAGGAGUUCGGUAUCUGUUAGACUGUACCAGGAGCUGAAAUUGCGUUGGGACGGCUGCACAGGAUUGCGACCAGCCCCCGAGCGCCCACCAAAGCUAUCGCCACUAAUCAACGAACUAAACAACUUGAACAUGAAUUCCCCUAACUCAAACAUCGAGGAGCUUAAAACGGACCACGAUUACGAGGCCCUGAGCCCGUCUUACAACAUGAAGCCGACGAGGCCGGCGCCAGUGCAGCCUCCGAGGGCAAUGUCUCCGGUUGCGCGGGCGAAGUCCCCACUGGCGAGUCCGGGACCCACUUCCCCGGCGGCGGCGGGGCGUCGGGAAGGCCCUGCUCCCUUACCCAAGGCGUCUAAUUAUCAAACCUUAGGAGGGUAUAACGGGAUGGAGGGGGUCCCGUUUGUGCUUAAUCCCAAGCUGAGAGGGUUACCUAGUGAUACACUGGCACAAUGGCCCGUGAUCAAAAAACGCACACGAUUCGAGCUGGACAGGGACUACUCGUACAGUUUCACUGUGGAGCGGCAGACGUGA